UCUUACAUCUCCCUCUUUCUCACAGAGUAACAGUACGCACCAAGUACAACUUAUCUCUCGAGAAAAUGUGUUUGAAUGCAUCACAAUGGAAUUUAGGUACUACUACUACUGCUGCUACUCAUCCUCGUCAGAUUCUUUACAUAGCAAAGAAACCCAGAGUUAGAAUUCAAAGGCUCAAGCAAAACAGGAUGAGGAGGACAUUAUCUGCAAGAAGAAGAAGGUUUGAAACCAGAGAAAUGAGAAUUGAUGAAGGGAGAGAGAUAGAGUUGAAGAAUUUGAAGCUUUAUUUAGAGAAUAAAAGUAUCAUUGAAGAGAACCGAAAAUUGAAGGAGAAAGCCUUAUUGCUUCACCAAGAGAACAGAGUAUUGAUGUCUCAACUUCAUAAAAUCUCUAAUACUACUAAUACCUUAAGUGUUAAUUAGGAUUAGCUACUAAUAAAAUCCUUUAUUAUAUAAAUGAAUUGAGAUCUUGUAUUGUUAAUUAGCUCCUAAUUAAUUAGUAUAGGGCUUUUAAAA